UACGUAUAAAAUGGCGGAAUUUGUGGACCUGGAAGACUGGCGCUUUGAUUUGAAUUCACAUCCUAUUUUCGAAAAACUACGGUUAAAUCCACCCAGUCAACAUGAUGAUGAGAGAGUUAACCCUGAAAAUUUAAUAUUUGUACACGAUGGUCAAAUUUUCGUGUGGGAAAAUGACACAGCAAGGCUUUUAACAGCGAAUCUCCGAGACGUCAUUGUCCAAGAACGAGCACUCAACACACUUCAGGUUCUUCUGUGCAUCAAUGCCCCUGUCUUUGAUGUUGAACACAUAGUACCGAGUCCUUGUGGACAGAAUGUCUUACUCUACGGCAAGAGAGGUGCCAGCGUGUUGGUGCUUCCCCGGAGACACGGCAAGCAUGGAUUGUUUGAAGGAGGCAAGGCACAAAUCAACUGCAGGAUUACUCCAAUUGCUGAGAGGUUCUUCAUCUCCAACACCUCACUGAGUCUACUGAAGGCCGCUUGGUAUCCAGGGGGUGAGAACGACAUGCAUCUAUCUAUGCUCACCUCGGACAACUACUUCAGACUGUAUGACAUCAAUUCACCUCUCAAGCCUGUUCAGACCCAUAGAUUGGGAUCCCACGCCACCAGCUUUGCCUUGUCUUCUUCCCACUCCACGUUCGAUGCAGCGCUGGGUGAGAUCGCUAUCGCCUUUGACUUUGGCCCGCCCUCUGUUGUCCAGAGCAACACAGUGUCCAGAGGAGCAGGGACGGAGAACCUCCUAUACCCCGUCUUUAUCCUCCGGGGGAAUGGGGAUAUCUAUGUAUUGAAUACGAGCUUGACAGAUGUCAGAUAUGCCCACACCAAGUUGCUUGGACCUCUCCCCAUGCAUCCACCUGCGGAGGAUAACUAUGGCAUGGACGCAUGCAGUCUGUGUUGUCUCGAAAGCCAACCACCUGUGCUCGUUGUUGCUACCACAUCAGGCCUUCUCCACCACUGCAUCCUUGUUGCCGGGGAAACGGAUGCAGAGGAUGACGAUGCAAGCAUCCUAUCAAGUGAUGUAUCAAGCAUAGCGUCACUGGCCCCGAGAGAUAGCGGAUUCUCUCUCUUCGUGUAUGAGACGGUAGAACUGACUAGAUGUCCUGUAACGGUGGAGGAUUAUGACACCGAUAUAUCGUAUCCUAUUAUGCUACAUUCAGACCCCUCAUCAUGUAAGAGGUUCUUCUGUUCACACAGCGGUGGAGUACAUAGCGUCAUCUUAGCCUGGUUGGACAAAUUAGAGAAGUUCUGUGGUAAUGACGGGGCAGAAGAGGAAGAGAGCAUACAUGAAGUGAACCAGGAUCAUCCUUGUAUACUGAGACACAUGAUUUGUACAAUGCCCUCAGAAACUUGCGCUCCAUCUCCCAUUCUUGGUGUGGCAGUCAUCAUCGAUCAGUUGCUAGGCAACAGCCUCCUCUGCUUGACUCACAACAGAGAAUGUAUGGCCACACCCCUCUUGCCCUUAGAAACCACUACCCCACCCCCGCUGAUGUCCGAAGGGAGGGAUGAUAAGCCCCCUGUGUCCCCUCUCAGGCAGGCCAACCCAGAACCGUUCCAGAAGUACAUCAAGAGACUCCUGCAGAGGAACCACUCCAACCCUAUCCUCAAGACGAGUAAUAAGACGCAGCUAAAUCUUGAAGAAUGCUUCCAGCUGCUCCUCCGAGCCACCAAAACCCUAAGAGAAGAAUAUAUUCACAAGCAAGACACUGCCAAGGAAGAGAUAGAAAAGAGAGUUAAGAUCUUGAAGCAGCAGAAACAGCAGCAGUUGGCAGAUCUUGCAGAGUGCCAGCAAUUAAAGGGAGAUAUCAGCAUCAAAGCAGAGGAGCUAGCCUUGAGGUACAGUGAUGCUGAGGACAAACAGGAAGAACUUCUCAAUAGGGUAAGCAUUGUCCUACACACUCUGCAGAGUCAGCUACCCAUCCUGUCUGAGGCUGAGCAGGGUAUGAGAACAGAGUUAGAAUCAAUGCAGACUAAGAUAGAACAUCUUAAGACGUCACUCAAACAGGUGAAAGCCAAAAACAUAUAUCAGCAGAAGCAUGCAGAGAAGCAACAGAAAAUCAAGACACCUCCGGCUUUGAGUCAAGUACAAGAGAAACAGCUGAAAUCCCUUCUCAAAGAACAAACUGAAGAAAUCGCGUCUCUCAUUUCAGAGGUUCAGAACAUCUCAAUAGCAGUUGGACCCUGAGCUGCAGUUACCAAGCAAUCAACUGGCUAUGAUUUGAAAUGAGAUGUAGAAGUCACAAAAUCAUAAUCAUAAAGGAAUAAAUAAUAAUAAUAAUAAUAAUGAAAAAUCGUGCCUUCUUAAUUCAUGCUGAUAUCCGUCACACUGUGACGCUCAUGGCGCUUAGACAUUAUGACCCAGGUUAUAGCCUAACUGCCAAAGUAGCUAGUGCUGGAUCAUAACGGUUACUCGCAGUGACAAAUAUACAUUGAUGUAUUGCCAGGGACAUCAGGGAUCGGCUGGGAUUUGAACCCUGUACCUUGUGAUCUACAGUCUAGUGACUUAUCCACUAGACCACAACACCUCUACGAGAAAUGUCAUCCCUCUCACUCCUAUAGUAUGUGCACCGAUACAAAGGAAAGGACUAGAAAUGAAAUUAAUAUGGCAGACUAACUGCAGUACAUGUGAUAUGGGAAAUUGUUCACAGUGUGUAAGAUUUUGUGCGUUUCAUGUUAACUUCCAAGUGCCUGAAUUAAAACCACACAAUAAUUAAAACCAAGCAACAAUGAUCACCACGAGCAAGAUCAGAGUAUUAAAACAUUCAAAUUUUUAUGCUAUAUUUGGCACAAAAGCAAAAAAAAAUGGCAUGAAAACAUUUACAGGGCUCCACUUUGCAGGAAAGGGCAUAUUGAGGGGCAGAAAGUAGAAAGAAUUAAUGGUAUGUGAUGACGAGAAUUGCAUCUGCUCAGAGCAAGAAGGGCAUUCACUCUGUGUACAAAGAUGUGAGGUAAUGCCCUCCUGGCUACAAACAGACAAUUGUAGCUUUGUUAAAAAGAAUUCCAUGUAAAGUUCACAAAUUUAUUUUUUCAUUUGUUGAUGCAUUAUGUGUGCCUAAUUUGGACAAUUUGCUGCAACCUGGCAAAAUUUACAUUCAUGGUUACUCAUUUGAAGAAAAGAAGUAUUGGUUAACUCUUCAAUGGCUAUGUAUCAAAACCCUAGAUUGCCAAAUUUGUGUGGAAUAUAUGAUACAUCAUAUACAUGAUGUGACAAUAGUUGGCUGUGGCAGUCCUCUUUUAGUUCAACUAGUUGACCAAUAUAAGUAAAGAAUUCUCAUUAAAAGGGAUCACAGAGUAAAUGAAGAUGUAGGUUUCAUUUCAUUAUUUUUGAAUUAUAUUCAUACUGGAUAUGCUCCAUAGGACAGAAAUAUUCUAUAAAAUUUGAGAGUCUGUGGGGUGCCUUGAGGAAUUGCGGCUUUGCAAUUAUGUUAUUAAAAAUAAAGAAUAUUUUUGCUGGAAAAAAAGCUGUUAACUAACCACAAAAGUUUCUGUUUUUACAGUUUUCAAUUAUAAAGAAAUGAGAAGAAAAAAUCUUUGGAGUUUUAAACCUAGAUAUGAAAAUGCAACACUUGUGCACAAUAUGGUGAUUAUACUUUGAAUGAACCUCUAUGAAUUGUUGGGUCAAACACUUUCAAGGAAAUUGAUUAAAGUCAUUGUUGAUUUUCUCCACGUUCUGUAUUGGUAAUCUAGGGCCCCGUUUCAUAAAACUUAUAAUUAGUAACAAUUUACAAUAACUGUUAUAAGCUACUAAAAUGAUUCAAUUUGAUUUGCAGAGAGACAUUUUAUCAAACAGUUUUAACUUUUGUUACUGAUAACAAGUUUUUUUGUUAACAGGGCCAAGAACUGGUAUACUGCUAUAAUCGAUUAAUCUAAAUAAUGAUCAAUGACAGGGGUAUCUUUUCUUUAUUUUCUUAUCUUUUCUAUUUUUUCAUUACAAGAUAAACAAAAAUUGUUAAAAAAAAGGAAAUUCUGACCAAAUUUAUGUAAAUGCUUGCUCUUCUACUAGGUGUAACAAAGUAUGCUUUAUUAUUAGUGACUAUAUCUGCUUCCUUUAUGUUUUGCCAUACACAGAAAUCCAUUUAUAACUAAGUUUAUUUGAAUGUAGGCCUACCAAUCACUUGAUAUGUCAUAAGCUUUGAUAUGCUAUGACAAUGUGUUAAAAGUGAUAUUUCUUUAUGAUGAUUUCUCUGUUUUCCCCAUGCAAUAGGGUAGAGUUGUCUUAAAGAUGCAACUUGGCGAUCACUGAGCCAACAGGUAUUACGCUCCCGAGCGAAUGUCCGUGUGCUGCCCUCUAUAUACCCAUGCUUGAGCAACUUUAAGUUAUCGGGUUUGACCAGUCAUGUAUAGGUAGAUUCAGGAUCAAUACUAAUGUUCAUUAAUACAGUUGGUGAAGAGAUAAUUAUGUAGAGAUUACCUGUCAAAUGUCACUAUUGUAGUACAUUUACAUUAAAAAUUUACAUGUUUAAUGCUAAACAAGCAUAUAUAGGACUUAAUUUGAAUUCAUAAAUACAUGGAGAAGGAUCGAGUCUGCAUUUCAUGUUUGUGUGUAUAUGUAUAUAUAUAUAAGCAUACCUUAUUGUGUUUUGUAAAUAAAGUGGAUAUACUGUAUAUUUCAAAUACA